AUGGCUUUCGUUUCUCCACUCGGCAACUAUGAGACGCUGGCGGCCACAUGCCUCAUCGAUGCAGGCGUGUUGAGUGCUCGCAUCAAAGCAGUAGAAGCUGCGAAGACAGCAUCGAUUGAAAGCAGCGGACCGCAGACAACUCAGGAAGUCAAAAAGCUACAGCUUCAGCUUUUUGAGUCAGCACAAGCAUUGCUGCAAGCAGUGACUCCACCAGAGUAUACGUUGACACAAGGACUCUCCGCAAGCAUCAUGGAUCUGACCGCGUUUCGAUACAUCAGUCGAUGGGAGGUCGCCAAAGGGGUUCCUGCUGAAGGUUCGGUGACAUACAAGGACCUCGCGACCAGGCUCAAGGUCGACGAGUCACAAAUGAAGAGAAUCCUUCGUUAUGCCAUGACGAGGCAAGUGUUCAUCGAGACACCAACAGGCGAGGUUGCACACACCCAAGCCUCUCUUCUCUUGCUGCAAGGCGGCAUCAGCACACUGAACAGGUACUCGACAAAUCGAGGAUUUCCCAUUGCAAGUUCGUUCAACGAGGCCCUCGAGAAAUGGGGCCACGGUUCACAGGAACCCAAUGAAACAGCAUUCAACAUCUUCAAAGGCACCGAUCUGGCAAUGUUCGACUACUAUGAGAAGAACCCCAGCUAUGCCACGGACUUUCACCAGGUCAUGAGCUUCUUUACCAAGACCGCGCCAUUGUCGCAUGACCAUAUCAAAAAAGCAUUCGACUGGUCAUCACUCUCAUUCUCGACCGUCGUCGAUGUGGGUGGCAGUCUCGGCCACUGUAGCUUGGCCAUACUGGAGACGAACCCAACAGUCACAUGUAUCGUCCAGGAUCUACCACAGAUCAUCACCAAAGCAACCGACCCAUCGACAUCCAUCGUCCCAGAACACCUCAGCAAACGCAUCUCAUUCCAGACACACAGCUUCUGGGACCCGCAGCCCGUAUCUGCCGAUGUGUAUUUCAUGCGCAUGAUCUUCCACGACUGGCCGUUGAAAUACUCGAAAAAGAUCCUCCACGCUCUCCUGCAGGGUAUGAAACCUGGCGCUCGUCUCCUCAUCAUGGACUAUGUCACUCUCCCCUACGGAAAGCUCAGUCUCGCAGAUGAGCGUCGCAUGCGCAUCAGAGACUUGCAGAUGGCCGUGAUGCACAAUGCAUUGGAGCGGGAUGAGGGCGAGUGGAGACAGCUCUUUGCAGAGACCGAUUCCCGCCUUCGAUUGGUUGAAAUUCGCACACCGCCUGGCAGCGCUUUGUCCUUGAUUGAGGUUGUUCUUGAUGCUGCAAUUGAAACGAAGACGGAGGUUGAGAGUGUUGUGCCUGAAAGCGUUCAGGAGAAACCUCAGCCAAUUGGAAUUGUGUCCCAAUACAUGGUGCCACAAGCAGCAUAG